AUGAUCAAAUUUCUUAAUUCUGUUGGUAAAACAUUUGUAGCUUCAUCAUCAUCUGUUACAACAUCAACUAAAAGUAAAUUAAUCGAAGAAAUUUCUGUGUACAGAUCUUUAGCUCAACGAGAAUACAAUAGUAUUAUCAAUGCUGAAAAAAAUUCAAAUGUUAUGAAGUUUUGGAAUAUACAUCGAAUUCAAUUGAAGCGUUUAUAUAAAUAUGCUGCUUAUCAUAUUGCUAGUCCAGCAACUUCUGUUGCAUCCGAAAGGGCUUUUAGCACAGCUUCAUAUUGUGAAACACGAUCUGAAAGGAGUGUUGAAGUGUUUAGGGGCAGAAAUUUUCAACGACCCCCCCCCCCCAAGG